CCACCUUCGUAUCUUCACAGAUCAACGUUACAUUAACCAGUGAUAUAUUGAGCUUGGUGAAGAUUGUAUUCAAGAACGAGAAAUAAUGGGUCGUUCUUGUUCAGCCAUUGUUGGGUUAGCUUUCUUCUUGAUGAUCGUGGCGGGGAGCUGUUCGGCUCAGCUGUCUCCAAACUUCUAUUCAAAGCGCUGUCCAAAGGUCUUCAACACUGUGAAAUCUGUGGUCCAUUCUGCUAUAGCCAAGGAACGUCGCAUGGGAGCUUCUCUCCUCCGUCUCUUCUUCCAUGACUGCUUCGUCAAUGGGUGCGACGCAUCAAUACUGCUGGAUGACACAGGGUCGUUCAAAGGAGAGAAGAAUGCUCUUCCUAACAAGAACUCAGCGAGAGGAUUUGAAGUGAUCGAUGCCAUAAAAUCAAAGGUGGAGAAAGAAUGCCCUGGCGUCGUCUCUUGUGCUGAUAUUCUAGCCAUUGCUGCUCGUGACUCUGUUCUUCUUCUUGGAGGCCCUAAUUGGAAUGUGAAGCUAGGAAGGAGGGAUUCAAAGACCGCUGGCUUGGCAGCUGCAAACAGUGGAGCCAUCCCAUCUCCAUUUUCAUCUCUAAACACUCUCAUCUCCAACUUCAAAUCUCACGGGCUCUCUGCCAAGGACCUGGUUGCCUUAUCUGGAGCGCACACGAUAGGAAAGGCAAGGUGUUCGAGUUUCAGAAGUCGGAUCCACAACGAGACCGACAUAGACAGAGCAUUUGCAAAUGCAAGGAGGAGGACAUGUCCUGCGAAAACCGGAUCAGGAGACAACAACGUUGCAAACCUCGACUUCGUCACUCCCAACAACUUCGACAACCACUACUUCAAGAAUCUCAUUGCCAAGAGGGGCCUCCUUCACUCUGAUCAGGUCCUCUUCAAUGGCGGACCCACUGACUCGCUGGUUCGAGCCUACAGUAAGAAUCCCAGGGCCUUCCACGCUGACUUCGUCGCUGCCAUGAUCAAGAUGGGAGAUAUCAAGCCCUUGACUGGUUCUAAAGGACAGAUCAGGAGGAACUGUAGGAGGGUGGAUUAGAAUUUGGAGAAACUAAGAAAGAGAAUUUUUUUUUGUUCUUGUUUUUUAUAAUUUUGUUGUGCCCAGUUGAAUUGUGUUUGUGGGAGUCGGAGUGAUUUCUCGGCAAGUUGUGAAUUCUUCGGUUUCGUUUAGAACCGUAUUUUACUGCAAGGCAAAAAAAGUAAAAUAUAAGUUUUAGUUUGAUGUUCUUUAUUUCAGUAA